ACCUUCAAAGCUUCACUAGCACUCCCGAGCCCCGCACUGCACCGUACACGAUAGCGAAGUACUUGACGUCGCUUUAUCGCUCACUAGCACUCCGCAUAUGCCCUUUUUUGGUAAUUUGAAAUUUAGCACAGGUUCACGCCACAAUAUGCUCACUGCCCAGUGCCCACUAGUGCACUAGUCGACGUCUAGAUGUACAAUGGGAUGCGACCUCUGUAUGCUCGUCGCAACGAACGGUCCUUGUGUAACCAACAGUCGUCACCAAGGCUGACUAGGUUGACACACGGUAUUUUAUAUGCCAAUAUUGCUUUGGUCUGCCUCCACCCUGCAAUUGUCGGAGACAGACGUCGGGAUCCGGUAAGCUGUCUCGGAAAUAUAUUGUUUCAAUCCCUUCAUCGAGUCUCGUGUUUAUGGUUGUUGUACCUUUACGGUCUGCUACCAUUUGUAUCAAGGACCAGCUGUUCCCGAUUAUUGGACCACCCGCAGUUGGUGAGCUUUGGCUUAGGCCGUCAGACUCCACGAGGCGCAUCAUUACUCCAAGAAUUAGGUUUUGCUGAUAGACGCCAGAUAUCGACAGGUCUCACGGUGCGUUGCACGUGCAUCAAAGACACUUUGCCAGUCUCAAAGUUUCCUAGUGACCCAAUUACGCAUUAUGACGCCGCCGUUCAACGGAGGGAAAUUACGUUCAUUGUGUCACGAUCGCUUCAUAACGCGCACCGCUUUAUGGACCAUGUCGAAGCGAUGAGCAGUAUAUAAUACGCAG